GAAAAAGGCACAGCAACAACGACCGACGAGUAAAACAGAAGCAACCAUCUCUCCUUCUUCUGUUCAUAAGUAGCCAGUUUCAGGAAUCUGCAGCUUAGAACCCUGCUCCAAUGGCGAUUUCGAAUCUUCCUUUCUGUCUCCUUCUCUGCAUCCUUCUCUCCCUCCAUCGCCCUGUUCUCUGCGACAACGAUGAAGAGGACAGUCUUCUUACAGUAGUCAACAGUUACCGAACUUCCCAGAACCUGACAACUCUGACGAAGAACAAGAACGCUGAAUGCCUUGCGGAUGAGAUUGCCGAGCAGUUCAAGAACCAGCCCUGCACCAACACGACCGGUUCAAACACGGUACCAGGAACCGAACCUCAGUUUCCCAACUUCCCGGAACUACUUUCCAAGUGCCACUUGAAUGUCUCCGCCACACGAGACGGCGCGAUAAUGCCAGCCUGCGUUCAUCGCCUCGACCAGAGCGUCGUCCUCUCAAACUUCACGAAAUCUCAGUACUCGAUGAAUCUGAACGAUUCCAAAUUCACGGGGAUCGGAAUCGGUUCCGACCAUGACUGGGUAGUGGUCGUGCUCACGACGAACACCCCUGAAGGAAGCUACUCACCAGCCACGAAGGACAGCUCCAAUGGUGAUGUUUUCGGCGUACGUAUCGUUAUCCACUCCAUGCUUCUGGUUAUAUCCACUGUCCUGUUCUUGUUGUGAGUCCGAGUUUGAAGUCAUGUCCUUUGAUGUGAUUAUAUUGUCUCUGUCUUUGUUUUCCGAUUCAUGAACUCG